AUGAAGAUGAAGGUGAUGGUGGCAAUUGAUGAGAGUGAGGGAAGCUUCUAUGCACUUAAAUGGGCCCUAGAAAACCUAUUUGAGAACAUGGCUUCUAAGUGUUAUGCUUCAACAGCAGAAGAAGCACAUGCAGGGAUGGUUGAGAAUGAAGGAGGAAUGGUGUUUCUUGUUCAUGUUCAACCAAGAUUUGCUGAGUAUGGUUACCCUAUCAUUGGUCCUAAUGGUUUUGUAUAUUUAAUGACAAUAAUUAUAAUGAGAAUUAUAUUAUUGACAACAAUUUUUGCAAUAUCAGUUGAGGAUUACGUGAGGAAAUCACAAGAAGAAGCAUCUGCAGCCAUACUCUCACGUGGGUUGCACAUGUGCAAAGACAAGAAGGUGAAAGCAGAAACAAUAAUUCUAAGGGGAGAUCCAAGAGAAAUGAUAUGUCAAGCUGCAGAGCAAGUGCAUGUGGAUCUUCUUGUUGUUGGUAGCAGGGGUCUUGGCACUAUUUCAAGAUUGUUUAUAGGAAGUGUAAGUGACUAUUGUGCUCAUAAUGCAAAAGUUCCAAUUCUUAUUGUGAAACCACCUAUCAAGAAGGAUACCAAAGAGACGCAAACAAGUGCAGGUACUGCAUGAUCAGUCAUCACUUUCUGAAUCAAGAGUGUAAAUCAUCAAAACUGGUUGUUUCAACUAUAUACUUAAUAUGUAACAACAAUAAGUUUGAUGUAUGUGAACCAUAUAU